CGUCGGCAGCUGGUUUGAAACCCCUCUCCUCUGUCCUCGCGGUUCUUCUUUGACUUCGGGAGAACAAAGCAGCUCCUAGCGGGCGGAUCUAAAGUGUGCCGGCUCGAUCCCGUCCGAUCGAAAACGAAAGUUCUUCUUGCAGGUCUCCCGCGAUGAACGUUCCCGUACUUCUCCUCAUACUCGCGAUGGCAGGGUGCUGCCACGCCUUGGUCUGCUUCAUCUGCAACAACGAGGACGACUGCGACAACGAUAGGAGCGAUUUGUGGUUCAAGGUCUGCGAGGAGAGAAACAUGACGGCGGAAGAGAAGACUCUCUGCGUCUCCGUCUUCGACGAAGACCGUGAGUGGCGCUUCCCGACGUCUCGCUCCUUUCGUCGCGGAUCCCACGGAUUCGGUCGAAGCGAAAGACUUCGAAGAUAUCCGGAACGUCGGGGAGAGGAAUCAGAAAACUUUCUUGCUGUGAAUCCCACGGGUCUCCUCGGUUGA